AUGGAAGAGUCUCUGCUUCGGGUUCAGGCAAAUGCAUUGAUUUGUGUGGAGAGAGUGAUCGACAAUCUCGACAAGACUGAGAUUCUGGACGAAGUGCUGCCUAUGCUAUCGAAGGCUAAAUUAUAUGAUCCAUACAUUUUGAUGCCAGUUAUAAGAAUGUACAAACAUAUGUUGGGGGAUAAACGUUAUGGACUUACUGUUAAUUUAUUAGCCACUAAAGUGAUGCCAACUCUAAUACCUGCUGCCGUCAGCCCUGCAUUGAAAUUAGAUCAGUUCACACAACUGAUGGAGUUAUUAACGGAAAUGUUGGAACACGUGGAAAAAAGUCAAAGAAAUAAGAUUAAACUGGAAAAACUCUCGAUUCCCUCACAAGAGAAAGCUGCGCCGCCACAACACACGAUAGAGCAGCCAAUCGGUUACCCGCAUAGACCGCCGUCGUUGCGAUUGGAGUCUCGGCGAACAUCGAUAAGUAUGGACGAUGUCGUGCGCCGGACGUCAUCGGCCUCGGCGUCGUCGAGUCCGGACUCAAAUCUACUCCGAGUUCAGGCAAAUCUUCCGGGAAGGCGACACUCGGACAACACUAUACAACCGCCCAGAAUAUUGGUGGCGCCUUCCAGUCCCACGAGCUCUUUCUCACUAUCUCGAGGUCCGAGCGCUUCAAACCUACAUAUGAGACGCCACUCAAGUGUUGGGCCACAGGGAACCACAAAUGUUGGUUUCUCAUUCAUGUCGUCCACCACUCAUAAGGUAUUGGUGUUCACUAUUUGCACACUUCGAUGA